AUGCCAAUUACUCCAAGGGAGAAUCAAGAGGAGUUGGUGGCGGACCCUCCAGCAGCGGAGGGAGUACAGACGAGAACACAAUCAGCACGGGACGCCGCCAGACGACAAAGUUUCGAUGCGAACCGCGGGAUGGGUGAAAGCAACGAUGGAAACAUCCUCCUUGCUCUGCGACAAAUGAUGGAAGAACAGGCACAGGCACGCCGAUUGAUGGAGGAGCAGACACGCCGUCAGGAGGAACAGGCCCGUCAUCAGGAAGAACAGGUUCGGCGAUUGAUGGAGGAACAGGCUCGCCGUCAGGAGGAACAGGCUCGCCGACAAGAGGAACAGGCACGCCAAAUGAUGGAAGAACAGGCACAGACACGUCGUUCGAUGGAGGAACAGGCUUGCCGUAUAGGAGAAAGAUUAGGAGAUCUGAAACAAGAAGUAGAUAAACAAAUCGAAAACUUGGAAUCUGAUAUGGACUGCAAAUUUUCGAAACAGGACAAACGUAUUCUCGGAUUAGAACAAGAGAUGUAG